AUGGAGGAAGGAGAGACGGACGUCGAAGAGGCAGAGUUCACCGAGGACCUAAGCAUCACCGGUCUCAAAUGGGCGGCGGCCUGGCAGCGAUGGAGCGUGCCCUCGAUCAUGUGGCGAUCGGGCGCGAGCCUCGGCAAGGGUCUCGGUUCCGGUUCCUCCAAUCCAGAGGGUUUCAAUUGUCCGGCCUGCGGCAGGGUUUACAAGCUGAAGAGCAGCCUGAGGAACCAUCAGAAGUGGGAAUGCGGCAAGGAGCCCCAGUUCCAGUGUCCCCACUGCGUCUACAGGGCGAAGCAGAAGAUGCACAUCGCGCGGCAUAUGGAGCGAAUGCACAAGGAGAAGAUCUACAAACAGGAGCUUGUAUAAGGGACGCGAGAGAACAUUUUCGGCCGCGGUCGCGCGCGAACAAGAUUACAAUUCGUCGGGAGGAAGAGUGAAGAGAAGAACGAAGAGAAGAUUGUGGGAAGAAAUAAGGAAGAUGCACAUUUUCUUCGCGCACGACCUCGAAGAUGGCGAAACGGGAUGAGGGAGAAAGUAUGCUGAAUGUACAGUGAGGACGAUAAUGAUUACGAUGACUAUCGAAGCUGAGAACCUUCUGCUUUUCGAGAGAGAGAGGGAGCCGCCCAACCCCUCGUCUCGAUCUUGGAUGCAUAUUUUUUUUAUCCUUUUUUUAAGGUUUAUUAUUAUGAAUCAAUUUUGAUUGAUUAUAAUUAAUUAAUUAUUAUUUUUAUGUAACGAGAUAUAUAUGCCGCGUGUAAACAAGAGAACGCGUCGAUUUCCCACCCGGGACGCAUUUUAUGGCCCAGAGACUUUAUUAUCCGACGUUGAAGCCAGACCAUUUGAUCUGCGCCCGAGGUCGCUGAUGGAUUCCAUGUAUUUGUUUUUUUUUUUUUUUUAUUUUUUUUAAGAUCGUAAUAUUCGUGAUACGUGGGAUCGAGAUGAGAACGGAUGUCCGUUCGAUUGUUAGACAGAAUUUUUCUCUCGUAGGGCCCGCCCCGGGUUGGACUGAGACCGUCCGGUAAACCGGAGCUCUUCCAUAGCAACCAUUCUGGUCACACUGGUUCCAUAUUUUUAAACGGGCGCAGCCGUGCGCGUGUGGCUCACUGGGGACAUAAAAAAAAAAGGGAAAGAAAGGGGAAGGGUGGACAAGAGAGGGUGGAGAGAGAGUUCGAGUAUUUCGAGAAGAUCUCGAAAACGCGGCCCCGUCAACAAAAAUGUCUGUCGAUCUGAUACACAUAUAUGCGCGACAGAACGGUAUCGUACGCGUCAGUUGUUCAACGACGCUAAAAAAAUAGAUGGAUCCUAGGAGACUGGUCUCCAAAGACGAGCCCGAACUUCACCCCUUUCAGACCUGACUGGCGAUCGCGCUAGAAUUUUGUAGGCUUUUUCUAUUUAUUUGGACGCAAUUUCUGGGCGACAAUUUCGGAACAAGAGCGAAAUAAAUCUGUAAUAUUCGCGGUUUUAUAUAUAAAAAUUACUUUUACAAAUUGUAGAGUUUUGUUAAUUAAUCUAGAAGUUAUAAAUUUAAUUCUACUCAUUUGCUGUUAAUAAAUUAUUUCGCUAAGAAAUUCA